AGAAGUUUGUUGUUGAAUUUGUUGUUUUCUGCGUGAAUAACGUGAUUUUAUUUUUUGUAAAUUUGUCAGAGUUAUUGAAUAAAUAAUUCGUCUGUGAUUUAAAUUUUCUUACUGUGAGCCAUCAUCACAUCACACGUAAAAUGUCAGAACAGUCGAGUAGUCGAAUAUUUACAGGAUCGCGAGUUCUAGGUUAUGUUAGUACACAUGUGCCUUUUGUUGCAAGAUAUAUCAGAAGACGAGGAGAAACCUUGUUAUGUACCAGUGUAGGAAAGUGGUUUCAUACCUAUGGGUGCGACAAGUUUCGUCUGCUGAGCGUGAGUGGUGAACAUCCAGGCCCCAUAACAUGUAUGGCCGGCGACAAUUACCACGUUUAUACAGCUAGUGAGAACAACAUUUAUGCAUGGAGACGAGGAUGUGAGCUAAAACACGUUUACAAAGGUCAUGAAGCGCCCAUUCAUUUGCUCUUUCCUUUUGCUGCCCAUCUUAUUUCAAUAGAUGAAGGCAACAUAUUAAAAAUCUUCGAUAUCAAAGAUGAGACAGAGUUUCUGGAGCUGAAUUUUGACGAAAGUCAGUUUAAAAUUACCACAAUGUGUCAUCCACCUACAUAUCUAAAUAAAAUAUUGCUUGGAAGUCGACAAGGACAGUUACAGUUAUGGAAUAUCCGAACUUCUAAAUUAGUCCAUACUUUUGAGAAAUGGAAGUCUCCAGUGACUGUUAUAGAGCCAGCUCCGGCUGUGGAUGUUGUGGCUAUAGCUUUUGGUAACAACAAGAUAGUGCUUCAUAAUUUACGCUAUGAUGAAACAAUUGUUGAAUUUGUUCAUGAUUGGGGCAAAGUGACAUGUUUGUCAUUUAGAAUGGAUGGUGCACCAGUGAUGGUGUCAGGAAGCACUACAGGUCACAUUGUGAUGUGGGACUUGGAAGAGAGAAGGGUAAUGUCACAAGUGCAAUCGGCCCACUCAUCUCGGAUAGCUGGUAUGCAGUGCUUGAUGUCAGAGCCCUUGAUGGUGACCAAUUCAAGAGAUAACUCAUUGAAAUUGUGGAUCUUUGACAUGCCCGAUGGUGGUGCAAGACUGUUACGUAAAAGGGAAGGCCAUUCAUUACCACCAACCCUAGUGCGGCACUGUGAACCAACAGGAGAAAAUAUCUUGGCUGCUGGAGCAGACAGAAGUCUUCACAUUAUGAAUACAGUUACGGAAACAUUCAACAAAAAUAUGGGAAAAGGAUCUUACGACAGAAAGAAAUCUAAAAAAAAAAAGAGGUUCGAACAAGAUCGGUUAGCACUACCGCCAAUCAUGAAACUCAGUUCAUGCAUGCAAAGAGACAAACAGUGGGACAGCAUAGCAGCCUUACACAGCGGCAUGUACAUAGCCACCACAUGGUCAUACAACCGGAUAUGUAUGGGACAGCAUAAACUCAAGCCAGAUGGGUUUGAGAAGGGAACCGAGGCAACAUGCUUGACUGUGACACAUUGUGGGAAUUUUGUGGUUAUAGGUUACAGCAAUGGACAAGUACACAAAUUUAACAUGCAAUCUGGAUUGCAUAGAGGAUUUUAUGGUAAAGAAGAUAAGAGAAUAGCACAUAAGGGCGCAGUGAGGGGUGUGGAGACUGACUUGUGUAACCAAAGAGUAAUAACUGCUGGUGCUGAUGAUACCGUCAAAUUCUGGCACUUCAAAGCAGCUACCACACCUUAUCAUGUCAUCCGGUUAGAAGAAUCUGUUGCCCUUACAAAAUGCCACAGGGAAAGUGGAUUACUUGCUUUAGCAAAUGAAGAUUUCUCAAUAACUCUCAUUGAUAUUGACACAAUGAAUGUUGUAAGGAAAUUUGGAGGCCAUUGCAAUAGAAUUAAUGAUAUCGCUUUUGAUGCUCAGAGCAGGUGGCUAAUUAGCACUUCAAUGGACUGCACUGUUUGCACCUGGGACAUACCGAGCUCGCAACUCGUGGAUAUAUUUUCGGUGGAAAGACCAUGCACUUCGCUCAGCAUGUCUCCUACUGGAGACUUCCUUGCCACGACACAUGUCGGGGAACUAGGAGUGUUCCUCUGGGCCAAUAGACUUUUGUAUGAACGAGUUUUCCUCAAACCCAUAGACAGGGCCGAUUCCGUCCCAACAUUGCGUCUACCAGCUACAGUUCCAGAGAAACCUGACAUCGAAGACAUUGGCCUCAUUGACCUUGGAGAAGAACCGGAGUACAAAUCUCCCGAACAAAUAAGCGAAGAGCUCAUCACACUUUCAGACCAGCCAACUUCAAGAUGGCUAAAUUUAUUGCAUCUUGAUGUAGUUAAAAAGAGAAAUAAACCAAAAACACCUCUGACAGUUCCUAAAUCUGCACCGUUCUUCUUACCAACUAUUCCAAGUCUCGAGUUAGAAUUUGAUUUGGAAAAAGAUAAGGAUGACAAAAAUACGAAGUUGCUAAUACCAGAGUCAUUAUCUACUUUAACAGUAUUUGCUAAGAAGUUAGUAGCGAGUGAGGAUAGUAAAGAUUAUUUACAAUGUAUAGAAAGGUUGAAAACGCUUUCUCCGGCAGCCAUUGAGGCUGAAGUAACAAGCAUGGCUCCCGACUCGGGCGGUUCCGUUGAGGUUAUGCGUCAUUUUCUUGAAAUGGUCAAUGUAAUGAUGACUAGCAAUAGAGAUUUUGAAUUAGCUCAGUCGUAUUUAAGUUUAUUUUUAAAAAUGCAUACGAAGUUGGUAGCGUCGGAUGAGGGUUUGAGAAAUACUCUACUGUCGGUAGAAGAGACCGCUGCGCAAUCGUGGUCUAAGUUGCAAAGUCAGUUGUUGUAUAAUAUUUGUGUUGUUAAAGCCUUAAAAGAUAUGUAAUAAAGUUAAAUUUAAGUA